UCAUUUUCAAGUCGACUUGCUACACAGAUCUGGUCAGAGAUGCAGAGUGAUUUCCUACCAAACUUCAUUCUUUGCAAUACCACACAGCGAUUUGUCCGUUCAUCGAAAGUUCCUCCUACUCAGAAACCAUCAGUGCCUUCUGCUAAGCCUAGUUUCUAUUGUGGUACUCAAGACUUAAAUGCAGCUCAUCAAAGUUUUGCACGAUUGCAUAGUGGAUUUUUUGGGAUACCACAUUUAUUUUCCAUAGUUAAACUUCUUGGAUCCAGAUCAUUGCCUUGGCUAAUAAGAGCUUUGCUGGACCAUAUAUCAAAUAAGAUAACUACACUUGAGCCAAUGAUCUCUGGAUUGCAAGAAGCAAUGCCCAAAUCUAUUGGAUUGCUUUCUUUUGAUGGUGGUGUUACAG